CUUUGGUCUUUGUAUCAUUUCUAAGACAAGCUGGAAAGGCUAAGCAAUGUGAGUUAGUGAUUUCUCCGGCUUGGUAGUGUGGAAAGGAAAAUUGUGAAUCAAGCUUUUGCAUUUUUGCCCACUGAGACGGAGCAGACAUCAGUUGGAAUGUAAUAGGAGGGGCAGUGACAGUUGGAGUGAGAGAAGAGGACUGUGGGAGAAACCGAUAACAGAAAUGGUCUUUUCCCUCUGAACAUGGCUGAGUGUGGAGAAAAGACCAGGAGCUCUAUAUCCCAACUUGUGAAAAACCUUGCCUCCAUUCCCUUAACCUGGAGAAGAAAAAGGUUCUUGUAUGUGUGAGAGCAUACAUUUGAGGAAGAACAAGACAAAAGUAAGCUACUGAAAGGGGUUGAUCCCUUAACUUCAGGGGGUCACCCUGAAGAUCCUUUCCAUCCCUUGUCCCUCCCAAGAAGGAUGCUUGCCUUUUGCUUAGUAGGGUAGAGAUAGUGACUAGUUAAGAGGAAGAUAGAUAAGCUGAAGCUGAGCCAGCUUGGCUUAACUGCAGAAGCAACAAAGUUCUCCUAUUCCCACUUACCUAUCCCCUUUCUUGAUUUACUAUAAUUAUUAAACCAUAUUUAACCUGCAGUCAGAUAAGAGGAUGACUAUCAUUUCCGGGGGACAUAGAGGGAGCAGAACCUAAGGACAGCCAUUCAACCAUAAACAGUCCUUUCUGAAGUUUGUUUUCUGACAUUUUGCACUCGAUGUUCUCUCUCUCCCUCUUCCCUCUUCUCUAGGAAGGUAGUAAUAUGAUGUAGGUCAUGCAGACAUUAUCCUCCAGUACAUAUUUGCCUCUUUGCUAUGCUGUGAAACAGUAAAGGAGGUACAGGGCCCCCAGAGGCCCUCCAAGUCUACAGGAAUCCCAGCUCAUGUGAAGAUGGGGUUAACUCUUCCCCUGCCCAAGUUUAGAUGUAAUCACCAGAAGCAUGUGCACACCCCGCUUAUCCUUAAGUGGGGGAGGUCAGUGUGUGACCCACCUGUGAUUAGCUUUUAGCUUUCUUUUAUAUUAGUGUUAAAUAUUGGGGUUAUUUAACAAGAUUUUAGCUUUUAGCUUUCUCUUGGAUUAGAAGGUGUUAAUUAUUGGGGGAAGUUAACAAGUUUAGCCAGUGGGUGGAGAAAACUGCUUAUAAAGGGGAGGCCAAGGCCCUGCUCUCCCACUGGCACCCUCUCCUGACUGGAGGUUGGAACCUGAAGGGACAAGUGGUGGUGGAGAGCUUCAGUCCAUCAGAACAGCAAUGAGGGCAUCCGAAGAGGAAGUCUCCCCACCUUGGGGCUCCAUGCUCUGAAGGACCACAGUCUGGCCCUAGCAGAGACUCCAGAGCCAGAGGGAAUGGCCCCUGGGACCCCGAGGCCCCCCUCCCAGGGGUUAAUAACAUUCAAGGAUGUGGCUGUGGACUUCACACAGGAAGAGUGGUGCCUAUUGGACCAUUCUCAGAAAGAGCUGUACCAGGAGGUCAUGCUGGAGAAUGUACAAAAUCUACUCUCAGUCGGUGUUCCAGUUCCUAAAAAAUAUUGUACCUCCUGUUGUCAGCAAGGGGAAGCACCAUUGCUGCUGGAGCAAAAAGGCCCCAGGAGCUCCUGUUCAGAAGCAGAGGCUAAUUUUGAUUUGAAGGAGAAGUCUACAAAGCUGAGACAUUUUGUGGAAGGAUCUGGCCCCCAAAGAUGCGUGAAUAAGGAUCCCCAUGAUAUCAUUAUGAGAGAAAUCUGUGACUCUGAUAUCAAGAUAAAUGAAAAUAUAAAGGGUGACUGUGAAUUUGAUGGCACUGCAGAGAAAUUCAGUCAACGUUCAGUCCUAAAUCAGUAUAUGAAAGUGUCCUCAGGAAAUGACUGUUGUCAAGAGAAUCAAUACAGCCAAUGCUUUCCUGAAGAAGUAGGACUUGGUCAGUUAAAUGAGAAAACUCCUGAAAAGCCCAUAUAUCAAGGUAACCUAGGAGGAAUAGCCUUUGGCUGCAGUUUAGACCUCAUUAGCCAUUCAAAAAGUAAAUGUGUAGAGAUGGUUUCUAUGAAUGACAAAGAAAUGAGACCUUUCAGUCAAAACUCUGAGCUUGCUGCACAUCAGAGAAUCCACAAUGGGGAGAAACCUUAUAAAUGUAAAGAGUGUGGAAAGGCUUUUACAUGGAAGAAAUCUUUUGCUGCACAUCAAAGAAUUCACAAAGGAGAGAAACCUUAUAAAUGUAAUCACUUUAAAAGGGCUUUUAUAACAAGGACAUCUCUCACUAAACAUGAGAAAAUCUACAAUGGAGAGAAACCUUAUGAAUGUAAACAGUGUGGAAAGGCUUUCACAAAAAGAGGCCAUCUUGCUGCACAUAAAAGAAUCCAUAAUGGAGAGAAACCUUAUGAAUGUAAUCACUGUGGAAGGGCUUUUAUUACAAGAACAUCUCUCACUAAACAUGAGAAAAUCCACACUGGAGAGAAACCUUAUGAAUGUAAACAGUGUGGAAAGGUGUUCACACAAAGAUGCCAUCUUGUUGCACAUACGAGAAUCCACACUGGAGUGAAACCCUAUGAAUGUAAACAGUGUGGAAAGUCUUUCACAAGGACGGACAAUCUUGCUACACAUCAGAGAAUCCACAGUGGAGAGAAACCCUAUGAAUGUAAACAGUGUGGAAAGGCUUUCACACAGAUGGGCUCUCUUGCUGCACAUAAGAGAAUCCAUAAUGGAGAGAAACCUUAUGAAUGUAAUUAUUGUGGAAGGGCUUUUAUAACAAAAACAUCUCUCACUAACCAUGAGAAAAUCCACACUGGAGAGAAACCCUAUGAAUGUAAGCAGUGUGGAAAGGCUUUCUCACAGAGGGGCAAUCUUGCUAAACAUCAGAGAAUCCACAGUGGAGAGAAACCUUAUGUAUGUAAACAGUGUGGAAAGGCUUUCACAGAAAGGGGAUCUCUUGCUAGACAUGAGAGAAUCCACACUGGAGAGAAACCUUAUGAAUGUAAACAGUGUGGAAAGAUUUUCACACUGAUGGGCUCUCUUGCAGCACAUCAGAGAAUCCACACUGGAGAGAAACCUUAUAAAUGUAAUCACUGUGAAAGGGCUUUUAUAACAGGUACAUCUCUCAUGAAACAUGAGAAAAUCCACACUGGAGAGAAACCUUAUGAAUGCAAACAGUGUGGAAAGGCUUUCACAGAAAGGGGAUCUCUUGCUAAACAUCAGAGAAUCCACACUAGAGAGAAACCUUAUAAAUGUAAUCACUGUGAAAAGGCUUUUAUAACAAGGACAUCUCUCACAAAACAUGAGAAAAUCCACACUGGAGUGAAACCCUAUGAAUGUAAACAGUGUGGAAAGGCUUUCACACAGAUGGGCUCUCUUGCUGCACAUAAGAAAAUCCACAAUGGAGAGAAACCUUAUGAAUGUAAUCAUUGUGGAAGGGCUUUUAUAACAAGAACAUCUCUCACUAAACAUGAGAAAAUCCACACUGGAGAGAAACCUUAUGAAUGUAAACAGUGUGGAAAGGCUUUCACACAGAGUGGCAAUCUUGCUAAACACCAGAGAAUCCACAGUGGAGAGAAACCGUAUGCAUGUCAACAGUGUGGUAAGGCUUUCACAGAAAGGGAAUCUCUUGCUAGACAUCAGAGAAUCCACACUGGAGAGAAACCUUAUGAAUGUAAACAGUGUGGAAAGGUUUUCACACAGAAGGGCUCUCUUGUAGAACAUCAGAGAAUCCACACUGGAGAGAAACCUUAUAAAUGUAAUCACUGUGAAAGGGCUUUUAUAACAAGGACAUCUCUCAUUAACCAUGAGAAAAUCCACACUGGAGAGAAACCUUAUGAAUGUAAACAGUGUGGAAAGGCUUUCACACAAAGAGGCCAUCUUGUUGCACAUACGAGAAUCCACACUGGAGUGAAACCCUAUGAAUGUAAACAGUGUGGAAAGACUUUCACACAGACGGGCUCUCUUGCUGCACAUAAGAGAAUCCACACUAGAGAAAAAACCUUAUGAAUGUAAACCAUGUGGAAAGACUUUCAAACGGAGGGAACAUCUUGCCGCACAUCAGAGAAUCCACACUGGAGAAAAAUUUUAAAAAUGUAAACAGUGUGGAGAGGCUUUCACAAAAAGAGGCCAUAUUUCUGCACAUAAGAGAAUCCAUGAUGGAGAAUAACCUCAUGAAUAUAAACAGUGUGGAAAGACCUUCAUGCAGAGGGGCUCUCUUACAGCACAUCAGAGAAUCCACAAUGGAGAGAAACACAUCUCUUGCUAAACAUGAGAAAAUCCACACUGGAGAAAAACCUUAUGAAUGUAAACAGUAUGGAAAGGCUUUCACACAAAGGAGCCAUCUUGUUGCCCAUAAGAGAAUCCACACAGGAGAGGAAACCUUAUGAAGGUACACAAUGUGGAAAAGCUUUCACAGUGAGGAGUAAUCUUACUAAGCAUCAGAGCACCCACAUUGCAGAGAAAAAUUAUGAAUGGCAUCAAUUUGGAUAGGCUUUCACAUAAACCCUACAGUUGCUUCAUGUCACAAACUCUUCACUAGAGGGAAACCUCAUGAGUGAGAUUGAUCUUAUAGUUGCCACUUUUAGAUUAUUUAACAUAAGAGGAUCCACAAUUCAGAGAAACUUUAGGAAGAUGUUGAAUUCGGUAAGGGCUCCAGGUAACAAUCAUCUCUUAUUCCCAGGUUAGAAUUCCUUUUGGAUAGGAAUCUUAUGUCCAGAAAGAAGAGAGAAAUUGAAAUGGAGAAUCCAGAGCUUGUUCAGUGUGAAAAAAAUGUCUUCUGAUCACACCAGCUCCAGAUAAAUUCCCUCUAGAAAGAGUUUAAUCCAAAAAUCAUCUCUUACUUCAUAUUAUAGGAUUUAUAGUGCAGAAAAACCUAAUGAAUGUGCUUAAGUUGUAUGCAUUUUCCUCAGGACGAGGGUGAUCACUAUAAUUUAUAAGACUGAGGGACCACAUCACAUUUGUUAGAUUGGCUAUUAUGACAGAAAGGGCAAGGGACAAAAGUUAGAGAAGAUGUGGGAAAACUGAGAUACUAAUGAACUAUUGAGUGGAUUUGUGAACUGGAUGGAGCAAUUUUGAACUGCGUCCAGAGAACAUUAAGACACAAAAAGGAAAAGGACCUAUAUGUAUUUUUUAAAACCUCAACACUUAAAGAUGCUCUUUCUGGGUUGAUAAAAAUUAGAAAGUAAAAGGGAACUCAUCAAUUGGGAGAUGGCUAAGUAAAUUGUGGCAUAUGAUUAUAGUAGAAUACUGCUGUUUUAUAAUUAAUGAGUAGAAGGAGGAGCUGGGAAAAACCUAGAAAGACUGGAGAACUGAACCUGACUGAAUUUUGCAAUACCAGGAGAACCACAGCAGAUCGUGACAGAAAUAGUGUAUGCAGAACAACUGUGAAUUGAGUUAUUCUCAACAACACAAUGAUCCAAAUCAAUCCCAAAGGACUCAUAAUCAAAACUUUUAUCUGUUUCCAGAGAAAGAAUUGAUGAAAUGUGAAUCUAGAUCAAAGAAAAAAUUUUUCACUUUUUAAACUUUUGUUGUUUGUUUGAGUUUAGUUCCACAGAAGGAUCAAUAUGUGAAAGUGUUUCAUAUGAUUCUACAUGCAAAAUUUUAUAUGAGAUUGCUUAAUAUCUCUUGGGCAUGGGAGAGAAAAUCCAAGACUCAAAAGUUUUGAACAAAUGUUGGAUAUUGUUUUUACACAUGAUUGUUGUCAAAAACAAAAUAUGAAAUGAUGGAGAAGAGUUGAAUAUUCAGUGGUGAACAACAUUCUUUCUAGAAUGAAGGGGUGAACAAGGAAUAAUUAAAGGAAUGGUUUCACUUUAAGCUGAUACUUGACGAUACACUGGACAUAGUAUGCUGGAGAUGAGAUUCAGUGCCUGUAACUGACUAGGAAAGGCAUUUUGCUGUUGUACAGACUUCAUAGACUUUCCCACAGAGAAGCCCUCAUUAAACAACUCAAAUUUCAUAUUUUGCAAAAACUACUACAAUAAGGACAUUUUCUCUGAAAUCCUAAUGCUUGACAUUCUUCCUCACUGUUUGUUGGCAUUCAUCCAUUACAGAUUUUGUAGCCAGUUGCUGGUUAACUGGCACUCACUUCUUUCUCGUUUUUUGCUGGCACAUAUAGAUCUUACCAAACAAACAAUAAGAGUGCAUGAGGAAGAUGUGGAAGGAAUAGGGAACCUGAUCCCUGCCAGGCUCAUGAUGCAGUUGGCUGAUUUCUGGGUCUGAGCAGAAGUCUAACUCCUCUGAUGAAGUAAUAAGGGAGGAUUUGAGGUCUCCAAGACCACCUUGUCUCUUGAAAUAUCAACUAAUGGGGUCUCAGGACAUCCUACGGCUGAACUGUCAGGAUCAACUCCCUUCAUAAGCAGGAGGCAAGGCACCCUCUUUUCUGAAGAUGAUGGCGGAGACAUUUUUUGCUUAUGGGAAUCCUGUGUCCCCAAUGAGAUGGGAAUCCUGUGUCCCCAAUGAGAAACCAUAUUAUGUUCAGAGAAAUAGCUUUCUUUAUUGGUUAAAAUCUGAAUGCUAUACAAUAUAACAUUUCUAUGAGAUGAACAAAGUCCUAAUUAUUCCUCCCUAUGACAAUUGCUUUCCUUUUCAUCAGUGAGUCAUUUUAAUGGAGGAGAUAAGAAUUUCACUUGCUCUUAUGCUUACAAGAAAACAAGGACAUUUAAGCAGAUAUCUUUUUCUCCUUUCAAAUAUAAUAAAUUAAAUAUUUCAUGGGCUUUAACAUGAUCAAUAUCAUACAAUAUUAAAUGAUAUAGUACUAUAUUAUAUUUUAAUACAUUAUGUUAUAAAGUACUAUGAUAUAAAUUAAAGUAGCAUAAUAAUUAUAAUUUUAUGAUAACCAAUACAAAUUAUUUUAUUACUUACAUAAAGGAGAAUCAAUAUCAGAAAUGCUUCAGAAUUAGAUUUAUAACUCAAAUGAGAAUUAAAAUUCUUGAAAAAUUGCUUUAUAUAAUUAAAAUAUGUGAUCAACAAUCCUGAUAAAAUACAUGAUUUUUUAAAAAUGUAUAUUUUUUCACCUUUUUAAAAAAGUAGUUUACAAUCUAGCAGCAUCCAGAUUGUAAAAGAAGCUGCUUUUCCACAGCAUUUCUAUACAAGGUUUUGCCAAAUUUCACCUUUUCAUAAACAAUACUUUGAGUUUGAAAUCUGAAACAAAACUAUUAAAAUACCUUACUCAGAUCUGCUUCCUCUUAUUACUCUUUACAUUUCUAAUAUAUCUCCAACCCUGUAUAAACAUGAACCACAUGAAGUUUAAAAACUCUCCCCCUCUCUCUGACUCUGUCUCUCUUUUUCUCUUUUUCUCAAUCUCUUUUUCUCUCAUCUUCUCUUGUUUUUUUCUUUCUCUCAUCCUGUUUUAUGUUUCUCUCUGUCUCUUGUCUUUAUCUCUUUUUUUCUGCCUCUGGUCUUUAUAUCUUUCUCUUGUCUUUGUCUUUGUCUCUCCUCCUUCCCCCUCCUCCUCUCCUACCCACCAUACUCCCGAGCCCCGCCCCCUCAGUAGGUUUUAGCAAGAGGGCAAAAUAUCUUCUCUUAAAUUAAACUGGAAACAAGUACCUAUCAGGAAGUCCUAGCCAUACCCUUGGCUCCCUGAGACUCUGCAGUGCUCCCUAGUGUCCAAGUCACCUUGAUCACUGGUGUGGGGAAACCUUAGGAAAUCAUCACUUCACUCUCCACUCCCAGGAACUUUCUUCCACCCAAACUCCCCAGCUCAGUCCUGGUUUGGGCUUCUUUGCCAUCCCAGUCCUUUCUCUUUUUUCUCUAGUUCGGCCAACAACAAAGAACAAAUCAUUUUGCGCCUGUGCCUGAAUGAUGGAUGUCAGUCUGUGCCCUGAGGCUCCCCCUCUCCAGAUCAGGAACUUUCCCAACCCAAAGCCCCCUGAAUGCUGAGUAUUCUCCUUUGGAAGUUCAGCUACUGAGCACAGGGAAUGUCUUACUUUGGGAUGGAUGUAACCUGGGAUGUUUGUAUUUUCCUUAUCUCUGGCCUGGGCACUAGGAAGAACCUCCUCUACAGAAAAGGUCCAGCCUCCUUCCCCAUCCUCUCCCAUCUGCCUUCUCCUUCACUUCCUUCUCAGCCCUCCCAGCCCAACAUCCUGUGUGGGAUCCUCAGACACAGUUAUACAGGAAGUGGCUGAUCCAGGAUCCCCUCUGAGGUCCUCUGCUGAGGAAGGAAAGGAAGUGCUGGUAGUCCUGAAGGCCAAGCAUUCCCCUACCUGCUGUUCCCCAUGAGGGAUUCAUUCAGAGGCCCUGGGUUCGGAUUCUGCCUCUGACAUGUGUCUGUCUCUUCCGGGGCCUCUGUGUUCUUCUGUGAAACACAAGAGUCAGCACAGGUGACGUCUAGCAUCCCUUCCAAGGGAAACUCCGUGACCACAGGAUAUGACCAAAGUCCUAACACACACACACAAACACACACAUCCACUGGUAUAUGUGUGUUAUAUGUUUGGGAGCCAGCAUGAUACAACAGGAAACAAGUCCACUGGGCUGGGACUCCUCAAUCCCUGGUUCACAUCCUGUCUCUGCCCCUUAUUAUUGCCCCAGUUGGGUGUGACUUUUAUUUUGUAUCCUCUUUAUUCCUUGAUUUCUAAUGAUCAUUAAUAAAUCUCCUAAAAUAUAGUUCAUUAUUGAGAUCUAAAUGUUUUUACCUAUCUUGGAAAGAAUAAUAAUAGUCUGUAGUCAUUUCUUUCUAAAGUGUGACCCCAUUUUACAAAAGAGUUAUUGAGUCAAAUAACAGUUAAGUGACUUGCCACGUGUUACAGAUAGUGAUUGUCUGAGAUUUUCCUGAGGCCAAGAUCAGUUCUAUUCACUGCUCCCCC